CUGGAGAGCAAGGACGCGGGGGAGCCGAGAUGGCCCGAGCCGCGCUGUCGCCGCCCUUCCUCCUGCUGCUGCUGCUGUCCGGGGCGCCCCGAGGCCAGGCGGCCCCCGACCAGGACGAGGUCCAGUGCCUGCCCGGGCUGGCCAAGCAGCCGGCUUUCCGCCAGUACUCCGGCUACCUCAAGGGCUCCGGCUCCAAGCGCCUCCACUACUGGUUCGUGGAGUCCCAGAAGGAUCCCAAGAAGAGCCCUUUGGUGCUCUGGCUGAACGGGGGGCCGGGCUGCAGCUCCCUGGACGGCUUCCUCACAGAGCAUGGCCCCUUCCUGAUCCAGCCAGAUGGUGUCACCCUGGAGUACAACCCCUAUUCUUGGAACCUGAUUGCCAACGUGCUGUACCUCGAGUCCCCAGCCGGGGUGGGCUUCUCCUACUCCACUGACAAGUUUUAUGCGACCAAUGACACCGAGGUGGCCCAGAGCAAUUUUGAGGCCCUUCAAGAUUUCUUCCGCCUCUUCCCUGAGUACAAGGACAACGAGCUUUUCCUGACGGGAGAGAGCUAUGCUGGCAUCUAUAUCCCUACCCUGGCUGUGUUGGUCAUGGAGGACCCUAGCAUGAACCUUCAGGGACUGGCUGUGGGCAAUGGACUAUCUUCCUAUGAGCAGAAUGACAACUCCCUGGUCUACUUCGCCUACUACCAUGGUCUUCUGGGGAACAGGCUCUGGUCUUCCCUCCAGGACCACUGCUGCUCCCAAAACAAGUGUAACUUCUAUGACAACAAAGACCCAGAGUGUGUGACCAAUCUUCAGGAAGUGUCCCGCAUCGUUGGCAACUCUGGCCUCAACAUCUACAACCUCUACGCCCCAUGUGCUGGGGGAGUGCCUGGUGAUGUGAGCUACAAGAAGGACACUGUCGUGAUCCAGGAUCUGGGCAACCUCUUCACCCGCCUGCCGCUCAAGCGGACGUUACAUAAGGCCCUGCUGCGUUCUGGAGAGAAAGUGCGCCUGGACCCCCCCUGCACCAACACCACAGCCGCCUCCACCUACCUCAACAACCCCUACGUGCGGAAGGCCCUCCACAUCCCCGAGCAGCUACCCCACUGGGACAUGUGCAACUUCUUGGUGAAUUUACAGUACCGCCGCCUCUACCAAAGCAUGAACUCCCAGUACCUCAAGCUGCUCAGCACACAGAAAUACCGGAUCCUGCUAUACAACGGAGAUGUGGACAUGGCCUGCAAUUUCAUGGGGGAUGAGUGGUUUGUGGAUUCCCUCAACCAGAAGGUGGAGGUACAGCGCCGGCCCUGGUUAGUGAACUACGGGGACAGCGGGGAGCAGAUUGCUGGCUUCGUGAAAGAGUUCUCCCACAUCGCUUUUCUCACCAUCAAGGGCGCUGGCCACAUGGUCCCCACUGACAAGCCCCAGGCUGCUCUCACCAUGUUCUCCCGCUUCCUGAAUAAGGAGCCAUACUGAUGACCUCGGGGCCAGCCCUCACUGCCUGACCCAGCCCCUCCCAGCCUCUCCUGCUAGAAAGGAGAUCCUCCUUUAUGCAAAACACCCCUGCAGGACAGGUCCCUGCCCCCCUGCAAAGCCCUGUGGAUUCCAGACGGGGCCCCAGUGCCUCUCAUAGACAGCACUUUAUUCCUGAUUGGGGUGGGGUCUGGCUGCCUCCCUGCUUUUAGAAUGCACUGAUCCCACCCCAAAAACAACAGAGCUCAGGGCAGCCCACUGGAGGGAGAUGCUGGACUAUAAUUGAUGGACUGACCGUGAUGAUGGAAUUAAAUUGGGUACAGCUUAAAACCCUGUCUUCUCUG